AAAGCCAAGCCCAGCUUCUCUGCGCUGAGAAUGUAGGGUCAAGCUGGCGCUGUCUGACUGCCAUGUGGCUUAUUAUUUACCCCUGUGAAACUGUGCAGAAUUAUUUGAAAGGGAUGAAGGGACGGAAACUCUCUCCUUCUUCAAGUUAGCCUAUGGUCUAGGACUUAUCAUACUAAUUUACUGGUGAAGGGAAGUAAUUUUCUUUCUUUCGGGUUGAAGGGUAAUUACUAACCAGAGAUCCACUAAAGGGAAGGAACAGUUUUAGGGGAAGUCAGAGUGAAAACAUUAAUAUCAUCCUAAAGAUCUCUACCUGGGAAUGGUCUCUGAUUCCAAAACGAAGAAAAAACUUUCUAAAAAAGGUAACCGAUUCAAUCAAGACCCUACAGCAAGGCUUGAGAGGCCACUGGUGCCAACGGGCACUGAGGACAAUGAUCACUUCUCUGAGCACCCGAUAAAAAACAGUCGUGGUAAAAGAGAUUCAGGGUAGAGGGAAAUUCCACCACAAAGUGUGACACCAUUUCCCAGAGGAGCCAAAUGGAUGAGAAGUCUUCUACCAGGAAAGGUCCAGGUUUCUGUUCAUUACGCUAUGGGCUGGCUCUCAUCAUGCACUUCUCAAACUUCACCAUGAUAACCCAGCGUGUGAGUCUGAGCAUUGCGAUUAUCGCCAUGGUGAACAGCACUGAGCAGCAAAAUAUAUCUAAUGUCUCCACAGAGGGACCCCUUGCAGACACCCUCAAUAACCCCAGCAGAUCCAUCAAGGAAUUUAAUACCGGGGCCUCUGUAUAUGAAUGGAGUCCAGAAACUCAGGGUAUCAUCUUUAGCUCAAUCAACUAUGGAAUAAUAUUGACUCUGAUCCCAAGCGGAUAUUUAGCAGGAAUAUUUGGAGCAAAACAUAUGCUUGGUGCUGGUUUACUGAUCUCCUCUCUUCUCACCCUCUUCACACCACUGGCUGCCAAUUUUGGGGUGAUUUUGGUUAUUGCAAUUCGAACAGUCCAGGGCAUGGCUCAGGGAAUGGCAUGGACAGGUCAGUUUACAAUUUGGGCAAAAUGGGCUCCCCCACUGGAAAGAAGCAAGCUUACUAGCAUUGCAGGAUCAGGGGUAGCAUUUGGAUCCUUCAUCAUCCUCUGUGUGGGGGGACUAAUUUGCCAGGCCUUGGGCUGGCCUUUUAUCUUCUAUAUCUUUGGUAGCAUUGGCUGUGUCUGCUGUCUCCUGUGGUUCACGGUGAUUUACGACGACCCCAUGCAUCACCCAUGUAUUAGUGUCAGGGAAAGGGAACACAUUGUGUUCUCACUAGCUCAAAAGCCCGGUUCUCCUAGACGAUCUGUCCCGAUAAAGGCUAUGGUCAGAUGCCUCCCACUUUGGGCCAUUUUCAUGGGUUUUUUCAGCCAUUUCUGGUUGUGCACCAUAAUCAUAACAUACCUACCAACGUACAUCAGUUCUGUGCUCCACGUUAACAUUAGAGAUAGUGGAGUUUUGUCCUCCCUGCCUUUUAUUGCUGCCUCAAGCUGUACGAUUCUAGGAGGUCAACUGGCAGAUUUCCUUCUGUCCAGGAAUCUUCUCAGAUUAAGUACGGUGCGAAAACUCUUUUCGUCCCUAGAUAUUCAAGUUUCCUUAUGGGGAUCUCAAGGGGAUUUGGGCUCAUCGCAGGAAUCAUCUCUUCCACUGCCACUGGAUUCCUUAUCAGUCAGGUUGGGUCCAGUUUACUGAACAUCUGCAAGUGGCUGUAUUGUUUUAGACACUGCUCUGAAGGACUGUAUGGUCUGAUGGGGAAAAUAAGCAUGGAUGCAACACAAUUAUUUUAUUCAAGGGGGAUUCUCAAUCAAAC